CCUCACCAAGAACAACUAAGCUCCAAAAUAAUCUUUAAAAAAAAUCUAUCCAACACGCAAUCAGCUCUUUCUCUUCUCCUUGACAUUUCAACAAUACAACGUUCAGGUCCAACAAGAAAGCAAAACUUGACAUGACCCUUGUGUUUUUGGAGAAAAAUUGAGAGGUUUUUCUUAUAAAGAAAACGAACCCAUCAAAGUUUCUUACUUUGUGUUGUUUUUCUCUGGACCUUUUCUCAUUUUCUCACCUUCCAAGCCCGAAAAUGCCCAAUUGGGAACUCAAGAACUGCUGCGAACGUGACCAGUUCUUCUUCCUGGUCACUAUUGCAAUCUUCUCUGUUGUUAUCCUCGCGUUAUGGAGGACGUUCAUAAUGACACCCUUCAAGCUCAUCACUGUGUUUUUGCAUGAAGCAAGUCAUGCGAUUGCUUGUAAACUGACAUGUGGUCAGGUGGAAGGGAUGCAAGUUCAUGCGAAUGAAGGUGGAGUGACACAGACACGUGGUGGUGUGUACUGGUUGAUAUUGCCUGCAGGAUAUCUUGGUUCAUCAUUUUGGGGGAUGGCUUUGGUACUAGCAUCCACAAAUCUCAUUACUGCAAGAAUAGCAGCUGGUGGCUUGGCUGUUGCCCUGUUAAUUGUUCUCUUUAUUGCUCAGAAUUGGACUCUUCGAGGACUUUGUAUUGGAUUCAUUAUUUUCCUAGCUGUUGUUUGGGUACUGCAAGAAAAAACAACUGUACGAAUUCUCCGAUAUGUCAUUCUCUUUAUUGGUGUGAUGAACAGUUUGUUUUCGGUUUAUGAUAUUUAUGACGAUCUAAUAUCUCGAAGAGUCCACACCAGUGAUGCUGAGAAGUUUGCAGAAAUAUGCCCUUGCCCUUGUACCGGUGUUGGUUGGGGAGUCAUUUGGGGAAUAAUCUCAUUUUUAUUUCUGAGUGCAUCCAUAUAUCUUGGACUGGUCAUCUUAUCCUGAGGAGAAGAUCAUAGAAUUCAGCAUUCAACAAAGAGUUUCUCUUCUUCAGUAAUCAUGGUGUGGAUUUGAACUAUGGCAUCAGAUGUACAUGUUACAAUGAUGUAACUGACAUCGACUUCUGUAUUCAUUCAUUUUAUUUUAUUUUUUUUUGUUGAUGUAACCCGUGUAGAAAGUAUAUCAUUUAUAAAACUAACAUGAGUGGUUAAAUCAUUUUUAGCUACAUCCGUGAAAUAUUAUUUAUUGGAAAAAAAAUUCUUCUGUU